AUGCCACUUGAUAAACGAUUUGAAAAUCAGAAACGAUACCAGAAUGAAAUUUCCCAGAGAAAGAGUUACUCUUCAUUUUGGUAUUGUUUCAACGCGUUAAAUAUUUUUACAUCGUUGUCAAUUUUAUUGCCUGAUAAUUCCAAAGGUGCCUCACGCGAUAUAGAAGGAUUGGGAAAGGAUAGAGCCUCAUCGAGUUAUGGAAAAUAUUCGCUUUUAUUGUUUACGGGAAUCGGCGUUUUACUCUUUGCAGCAUUAAUGGGCGUGCAACAGAUAUUUUUGCUUUAUACCUCUUAUGUAUUUAAAUGGUCGUUAAUUGAACAAGGCUAUGUCAUCGUUUUUAUCGGGUUUCUGAGGGCAGUUGUAUUGCUUUUGAUUUAUCCUACAAUUGUGAGGCUGUUCAAAAAGCGAAGUAAGAAAGAGGAUAAUAUUAAUAACAACGAUGAUGAUAGAGAUGUAGUGAGAAAUUCAUCACCCACGGUGUUAGAUGAAUUUAAUGAUAAAGAAUUGAUGAAAGAAAUGUUAUUUGAGAUAUGGAUGAUUAGAAUUGGAUUGGCUAUUGAUACCGUCUCCUAUCUUUUCCGUGGAUUAGCUGCUAGUUCAGAGAUGUUUGUCACAGCCUAUGCCUUUGGAUGUCUGGGAGCAAUAUCGAGUCCAUCGAUCAGGUCUCUACUAACCGGAUUGGUCCCACCAUCGCAAGUAGGCCAAUUAUUGGGUGCAGUUGGCGUAUUAGAAUCCAUUGUAUCCAUAAUGUCACCGGCAAUAUUUAGCAGCAUGUACAGCCUACUUGUGAGAACUUCGCCGCAUCUAAUUUGGUACUUGAUCACAUGUUUAACGACCAUGGGAGUGGCGUUGGCAUUCGUAGUUAAACCUAAGAACCGACAGCGAGAGUAA